UGAUAGUUCAGCUGGGAAGAAUAAACAACCAUCUUCAUUCUUCAAUCGGAGAGUAUUAUCGGUAUUGGCACCACCCACCACUUUUCCCUCGCCUCAGGUUCUAUUGCUUUUCUAAAUGGAGGUCAGUGAAGAUCCUGGGCCGAUUGAUAGUCAUGUACUUUAUGAUCAAGAUAAUCAUGUUUCUUCAGCAAUAUGGGAUGGACAGGAGCGUGGUGUUCUUAGAUGUCAUGAACACACUUCAAUGCUUGAUCAGUGGAAGCUUACGCCUAUACAGAUUAAGUUGGUUGAGAAGGCUGGCUUUGGCUACCUGAGGUUACUUCCUCCAAUGAGUCUUGACAAUGCACUAAUAGCUGCUUUGGUUGAGCGGUGGAGGCGAGAAACGAAUACCUUCCACUUAACUGUUGGAGAAAUGACCAUAACCCUUGAAGAUGUAGCGCUGUUACUUGGAUUGGCUAUCGAUGGAGAACCUGUUAUAGGCCCGAUAAGCGCACCAAGUUCAGUUUGUGAAAAGUUAUUAGGGAGAGUACCAGACGACCUGAAUGGUGGAAUGGUGAAGCUUACCUGGCUGAAGGAGUUCUUCUCAGAGUGUCCUGAAGAUGCACCACCGGAAGAAAUUGAGCGCUGUACUCGUGCUUACCUUCUAUACCUUGUUGGCAGUACAAUAUUUUCUACAACGACGGGGAACAAAGUCCCCGUUAUGUAUCUUCCUCUGUUUGAAAACUUUGAAAAGGCAGGGAAGUUUGCAUGGGGUGCAGGAGCAUUGGCAUUUUUGUACAGAGCACUUGGCAAUGCCUCCCUUAAGUCUCAAAGCACCAUUAGUGGCUGUUUAACUCUUGUACAGUGUUGGAGUUAUUCUCACCUCAACGUUGGACAGCCAAAAUUUAAUCAAGAGCCUUAUAUUAACUCCUUUCCAUAUGUGCUUAAAUGGAGAGGGAAAAGUUGUACCCGGACAAAAUGUAAUGUAUUAUCCUACAGAAAGGCUUUAGAUUCUCUUAAUGCUUCCGACGUCCAUUGGCUGCCUUACAAGGAUAUGGACUAUACGACCAUACCAGAGGAUAUAAAAUCUAGUCUGAUUUUACGGGCUUCUAGGACAAUGCUGUUGUGUUUUGAUAAGGCAGAAAGACACCUUCCAGAUCGAUGCUUAAGGCAAUUUGGCAUGCAUCAAACAAUCCCCAAAGAUAUAGAGCGGUGGGAGAGGAAGGGUCGUAUAGUGGAUCAUGGGAUCGAUUUAAUAGGAAAAAUGGACUUGGCUGUCAAACAAUGGUCAGAGCGUUGGCAUACUAUUGCCAAAGGUGUUGAUAUUGUUGACGAGGACAGGUAUAUGCAGUGGUACCAGAAGAUUACUCGUAAAUUCAUUGGAAGAGUGACAUCAUCUCUCGAGUCAGAGUAUCAAAGAACAGUUACUGCAAUGAGGGAAAUUGCAAGCAUUGCUGAUUUAGUCUCAACAGAAGGAUUGGAUUCUUAUAAUACAGAAUUGCUUAAUGGGGUUAAGAACAUUGUGCAUAAAUGUUUAACUGAGCAAAUCGACGAAACACCAAAGGAGAAAAUGACAAAGAAAGGUAAUCGAAAACGGAGGCAAAAAGACCACCUGAGUGUGGAGUAUGAAUAGAACCAUUAUAGAGGAGUUGCUGAAGCUAAUUCUGACUUUGGUCACUAAUAUUUAGAACUUAGGGGUAGAAAAGGAGCUAAGAUAUACAUUAUACAAUCAAAUGGUCAACACCAUUUUGCCAGAACAUAUAGAAGAUUAUGAAAUUUAUUAUUAGGGAACACAGAUUUGAGACAUUGGGAUGCAGAUAGUUAACUACUGUAAAGCUCCAUGUUUCAAUGUUAUAGGCGUUUGUUAAAUGUUUUAUUGUUCAUUUCCUUGUUCUUUUUAGUUUUAUUUCCUGAUUUGGAAUGUGUGCAAUUACUAAACCGAAUUGGUUGGAAAUUUCUUCAGUUACAAAGAAUGUUUUGUAUUUUUCUUUUUGUGGAUUUUGUUUGUUUUAAGUAUACACUACGAGGGAAAUUCACCAGUUAUCCCUGUGUUACUGCUAGA